UGAUCCUUUGACCUCUUGUCUCCAGUCUUCACUCCUAACCUGUCCUGUCCCUCACCUCUGCUAAUUCUGUUGCUUCUGGCCUCUUGUUGCAUUUCCUUGCUCUGAUCCUUUGUCCUCGGUCCUUCCAUCGUCCUGUCUCGACUGGACGUCCGCGCUUGCUGUGGAAUAUCUUGAGACAGUCUCACUGCCGACCUGGUGCCAACAGUGAGCAACCAGCCUGCGAAAGCUUCACCUUCGCUACACUCUUUACGAUACUCCUCCGUCCCGUCCUCUUCGUCCACUCCUUUCGGCCGGAUCCUCGAACCCCGACCACGAUACAAUAAGCUUAAACUUUAUAUUCCGACCGACAUCCCACCCUCACCAUGGCUAUCGGAGACGAGGGCAACGUCAAAUGGGUUGACGGCCUUCGAGGCGUAGCCUCUGCGCUCGUCGUGAUCAAGCACAUCUCGGCUGGCUGGUUCACGUACCUGCUCUGGCCCGCAAGUGAUGCAAAGGCCGCCCCCGUCCUGCUGCAGCUGCCCUACUUCCGCGUCCUUAUCCAGGGCCGCAUCGGCGUCGCCAUCUUCUGCCUCGUCACCGGCUAUGUCUGCGCCCUCAAGCCGGUUAAGAACUUCAACUCGGGUACCCAGACCGUUGCCUUUACCUCGAUGAGCCGAUCCGCCAUCCGUCGUGUCCCUCGACUCGUGCUUCCCGUCGCCAUCAUCAUCCUCAUCAGCUGCAUCGCGACCCAGAUGGGCGCCUUCCUCAUUGCGAACCACUGCGACGGGUACGGACUGCCCGAGACGAGCCCCCGCCAGCGCGACAACAUCUUCCUCGCCCUCGGUGCCGCGUUCAAGGACCUGCUCAACGUGUGGACGCAUGGCCAAAGUGAAUACGGAGCAGAGCUCUGGACCAUGAUGCCCAUCCUCAAGGGUGCCUUCUGGGUCUACAUCUUCCUCAUCGCGACCGCCUACGUCCAGCAGAAGUGGCGCAUGGCCAUUGCCCUGGCGCUUACCCUGUUCCGCUGGGCGUGCAACGACCCCUUCUUCGGCAUGCAGUUCUUCUUUGGCGCCUUCAUGGCCGAUCUGCAGAACCUCGACCCUGGCUCGUUCAGCAAGCUGCAGGCCAUGUCCUCAAACAGCUCCAUGCGUGGCGCCCUGUCCAUCUUCUUCCUCGUCGUCGGGCUCUUCGUCGCCUCGCUUCCCGACAAGCACUCUGAGUGGCAGCCGUGGUCCGACUCCCUCCACAAAUUCCUCGAGUCGAUCCUCCCCGCGAGCCCCGACUUUCCUCGCUUCGCAUCCGGCAUCGGACUCGACAUCAUCGUGGUGGGACUGCACCUCUCGCCCAUGGCCCGCGGCAUUCUCGCCAACAGAUUCUUCCUCUUCCUCGGCCGCAUGUCGUUCGCCGUAUACCUCCUCCACAACCAGAUCCUCCGCUCGGUGCUCUGCUGGAUGAUCUACGGCAUUGCGGUCCCCGCCGAGGGCGAGCCGCAUCUCGUCUUUGACAGCCCGUUCCGCCUCUUCAUGGUUCUGCCCUUGUAUUUCGCACUCACCUACGGCUCGGCGUAUCUCUGGACGACCCAUGUGGAUGCGUUCUGCGCGCGGGUUUCGGAGCGCAUGGUCGGCGUCAUCAAGGAGAACCAGAACGAAAAGGCCCCUCCAUUGCUGCCCCAGUCUCAGCAGGGACAGCACCGUUCAUAAUCAGCACAUUGUGUAAUGCGGGAUAUAGCUUGAGACUAGCGGCGUCUUGGAUAUUAAUUUGUAUCAUAUAAUCGAGGACCUUUGGAUUUACUUUGGCAUGGAAGCGGCUCAUGGAUCCUGCGAUCUGGACGUACAAGUAGCAAGCGGGUUGAUACUCGGAAGAAGCUGAGGGUGACAGACUUUCAAUUGUUUUCGUUGCUGAAUAUA